AUGGUCAAGCCGGCAGGGGACGGCGUUUCGCUCCUCUAUGCCUCGUCAGUGCUCAUCGGUCUAUCUUGGGUUACAUUCGCAGCCCGGAUCUCCGUGCGGGUUUGGCGUAAGUCCGCUGGAUGGGACGACGUUCUGAUGUUGAUAGGCAUUCUUCUGUUUACGGUGACGGCCUGCUUAUGCAUAGUCUGUUGCUACCUUGGAUCGGGGCAGCUGGCUGCAGCCCUGCAGCCCGCUGAGAUUAUGAAAGGAACCAAGCUCUUCUUCAUCGCCGAAUACUUCUACUCCUCCGGCACCGUCUUCAUCAAAUCCAGCAUCGCCGUCACCCUUCUGCGAAUCGCCGACGCUCGCCGCCGUUACAAAUGGACGAUCUGGGCCGUCAUCAUCUCCACCAUCAUCUCCUGCAUCGUCUUCAUUUCCGGCAUUUCCAACAUCUGCCAUCCCAUCACCACCCUGUGGGGUGAGACGACGUACGGCACAUGCAACCUGCAGCUCAACAGCGAUGUCAGCUUCUUCUUCUCCGCCAUUGAGAUCUUGACCGACUGGACCUUGGCCGUCCUGCCUGCGGCCUUGUUGUGGGGUGUUCAGAUGAAGAGCAAGGUCAAGUUCUCGGUGGCCUUGAUUCUCUCAAUGGGUGCUUUUGCGAGUUGCGCAACCAUCGUACGACUCCGCUUCCUGACUCUCUACGAUAACCCCACCGAGUUCAUGUUCGGAACCGGCAGGAUCGGCCUCUGGUCCAUCAUCGAGGAGGGCAUCGGCAUCAUCGCCGGCUCUCUGCACGCCCUCCGCCCCCUGCUCUCCCUGCCCUUUUUCGGCGGCGGCAGCUCCGGCGGCAACACCGACGGCUCGGCCGGGCACAACAAGUACAUGCCCAGGAGCGGACACCGGCCCGCGCAGCACACGGACAUUGGGCUCGACACUUUCCACCAGCUCGGCGACGGGGAGGCGGACGGCGACGGCGACAGCUCCAAGCACAUCCUGAGGGAGACCAAGGUCACGAUGGUUCUGGGGUGGAAGCAGAACAACUACGAGGCUUGA